AUGAGUCAGAACGCCUCGUCCGCUGCCAAUCAAGCCGGCGGCAAAGGCAGCGGCAAAGCCCGAGCACGAGCUCCAGCUCCAGCUCGCGCCGGAGCUCGCAAGGACGAAGAAGUGGACGAAAAGGUGCUGCGGCGCCGGCAGCAGUACAAGAUGCACCAGCGGCGCCACCGCGCCAAGCAGAAGGCCAAGGCCGCGUCGCUCGAGCUCGAGGUCCUCAGCUUGGCGGCCGAGGUGGAGGCGCUCGCACGCAAGCGCCAGAAAUUGCUAGUCGACAACAAUUUUUUCGCGUCGCGCGGCACGGCGGGCGGCGUCCCCGCGCGCGUGGCCAUGGAGUACUUCCGGCUGUUCCAGUUCGGCGCAUCGCCGCUGCAUAUCGACCAGCAGGAGCAGUUCCUGCGCGCCGUCAUGACAGCUGAGACCGAAGGCCCGGACUACGUGGGCGUGGACACCGUCGUCACGCAGUGGCGCCACUACUGCAGCUUCUUCGACUACACGCGCUACGAGCCACAGGCCAUCAACGUCACGACGGUCGGAGAGCUCACGGUGGUCGAGGCCGACUCGAUCUUCAGCAUCUGCGCGCGGCGGGACGGCGUCGUGACGCUCUACCCGUCGCUCAACGGCGACCUGGAGCUCACGCAGAAGCUCUCGGGCAGCAUCAUCAACAUCCACGGCAAGUACCGGUUCACCUUCGACGCGCACGGCAUGAUCACGUGGUUCAGCGCCGAAUGGGACCUCGUGGACGCGCUGCAGCGCGCGCUCGGGAGCUUGGCCGACGUCUCGACGGUGCUCUCGGACGCCAACAUCUCGGCGUCCACGGGCCAGAUCACGGUGGACCAGCAGCAGCCCAAGCCGCGCGUCGACCCGCGGCACAAUGUCGAGUUCCUGCUGUCGUAG